AUGUCGGCACAAGCUCAUACACGUGCCAGUGUAUGCGUGAGUGCGCCGAUCCUGCUAGCGAGCGUGUACACAUCGUACGCGAUCCAGCUGAUGCAUGCUCGUGCGGCUAUGAGCAUAACAAGUGCUAAUGCACCAUCAGUGAUCUCUGCCGCAUCCCUUUCAGCGCAUAUUUCAGACCUGACACAGGCGGCUCUCGAUGCCGUAGCAGCCCAGGCGAGUGCAAGUCGUGUUGAGCUCUUUAUCACAUCGCCCACGACGCUUCUGCUGACGGCAGUGCGAACGGAUGGCACACAAGCAUCACCCUUCGCUGAGGCUGCCGAUACGUCCAAUACACCUUGGUAUCCCAGUGCAACGUACCCUAUUGCUGCGCUCGGCUUGCUGAUCCAUGUGCUAUCGUGGCUCGUGCACAAUGUGGCACAGGACUCGCGUGUCGUGAUCCACCCCAGUGUUGACGCACCUGCGAACCAGACACUUGUGUACGUGUACUUUGAUGCGACUGUGCCAGUGGAUGAGACGUCUUGGCCGCCUUGGCUUGGGCCGUACGUCGAUAUGCAAACAGUGCUAGACGACAUCGGGUGUCAUCUCGUGCAGACGCCUGUCUCUCUCGAGACACUGCAGGACAAGCCGUACUUUCAGCCUCUUUUGCAUGCACAGCAUCCUACAUGCUUGAACAUCACACUCAAGCGGCCGGCCAGCUCCGACCUCAUGUCAAGUGAGCCAAAUACGGAGCGGGAUGUGCCUUUGAUUGCGCCGGGCAUCACUGUGCUAUCUGCCAUGCAGAUUAUUCAUCUUCGUCGCGUUCACUUUGCGUCGCCUGACGAUGAUCUCUGUCGUCAGCUGCAAGAGUAUCUUGUGGACUGGCAGUGCUCGCUCGUUGGAUUGGAUCAGCAGCCAGAAAUUGCGAUUGUGCACCAUGAUCAAAAGCAGCUGCAUGCGAUGGCCAAAGCACAGGUUCCUUGUGUGUUUCUCGCUCCGUUGCCACGCAUCGUAUCAGUCUUACAAAGCAUGCCGCCACGCUGCAUGGCUCUGAGCGAGCCCAUCAGUCGCGCUCGCCUGGCGUAUGCAAUCUACUGCCUCUUGUACAAGGACAACGGGUCGCCCAGGCCCGAGGCCAACGAACAAGCACGGAUCGCCCAGGCACUUCCGCCACAGGGUCCGGUGCCACUCCCUGUUUCCAUGCAAGCCGUCGCCACUCAAAUGGUCACACCAUCUAGUGAUUUGUCGAGUCCUGACGCUCGUCACGGUUUGGGCCUGGGCCUGGGCCUAGGCCUUAUCCCCAUGUCCAACAACGUCUCGACGCCUACGUCUAUGCCUUCGCUUGCAUCCUCUGCUACUGCUGAGCCAACAAGAACUCCCGUGCCAACAUCCACAUCGGCAUCAACUUCCAUACCAGCACCAACCACAGCGUCAACAGCAGCCUUAACAGAAGCACCAACACCAGUACAAGCACCAACAUCAGCACCAUCAACAACAUUAUCAACAACAACGACAGCACCACCACCAGUAGCACCAACAUCAUCGGCACUAGCGCCUGCAUCCAUGGCAAUGUCUGCACCAGCCCCGACGCCAGUCCCGCCACUGGCUCUGGAGCAAGCGUCUGUUUCUGUUCCUGCUCCACCACCCGCGAGCGUAUCUGCGUCUAGUCCUCAUCUUGCACAUGACUCUAGCUCCGCGCCAGCUCCAGAUCCUCAUGCCAUUGCGGAUCUAGAGCCAGGCUCAUGCCAAGUUUCCCUAGGCACUCAAGAACCAAAGUCAGAUCCCGUGUCAACUUCCACCUCGGCGUCGGCUUUCACCCAAGCGUCUCAGCCGGUCCAUUCUCCAGCACACGCGCCACCAGCAGCACCAGUGCACUCUUCUACAGGCUCCGUGUCUACGCCAGCCUCUGGCGCCUCGAGCGCCACUCGCAGAGCGUCUUUGUCAAGUUCGGCCUCUCUUGCUGCACGUGGCAUCACUCAUCCAGCCACCACGAACGUACGUGCAUCGAGUCGAAGUCCACAUCCGAUGCCGGCAGGCUCUGCAUCCAUGUCCAUGGCAGCCUCGGGCAUGCCGCCGACUUCCAUGAUAGCAUCGCCAACCCUCUCUUCGUCCUCGUCGUCUGUGCCGGCCAUUUCCGCUGCGUCUUACUCGGCAUCGCCUGCCACGGCGUCCGAUGUCGUGUCAGACGCAGCCGACGCAACCACAGACUACUUCACGCAGGCCGUCUCGCGGCUCGCAUCGCACGCUAACACGGCCGGUGGGCGUCUCGUGCAUGGCGCUGAUGGCCGCCCAGCAGGCCUUUACUUCCAACCACGCGAAACGCCCCCGGACCCGGGCUCACGCGUCUCGCCGCGCACCAAAAACAAACAUGCUAGCGAGCCCCUCUCGUCGUCAGUGCCGCCCCCGUCAUAUCCGAGUGCGUCCAUGCUCCGUGCAGCGCAGUUAAGUAUGCGUGGCAUGCCUGGCGUGCCAAGUGUUGGCGCUUUUCCACCCAACUCACCACAGCUGCCCACGACGCUCUCCUUCAGUCAACGAGAACGUGGCUCGCGUCCCGGUGCACCAACAUCGAUCCACCUGCCGCCCUUGCAAUUUGAUCCAAAAGCAUAUCCCUCGCGCCCCACGCCCUACGCACAUCUUCCAAGCCGCUCCGUCCGCACGUCAGCUCAGCCACAAGAGGGCGUCAUGAUCGGCGUGCGCGACGAGUCGUGGCGACGGACGAAUGACGCGGCUCUGUCUCCACCGUAUGCGCCACCACUCUCGCCUCAGUCUAGCACACGGAUCCAGCGGCGCAAAAUGGCUCUUCGGGAAGAAUUCCUUCCGCCCGUCAAGGUGCUGAUUGUCGAGGACAAUGUGAUCAACCAGCGAAUUCUCGCAACGUUCCUCCGCCGUAAACGCAUCGACUAUGACAUGGCCAAGGACGGGCAUGAAGCUAUUGACAAAUGGCGUCGUGGCAACUUUCACCUGAUCCUCAUGGAUAUUCAGCUUCCAGGUCUCGAUGGCAUCCAAGCAACCAAAGAAAUUCGUCGCCUCGAGGGCCAGUUGCGGUUGUCGCAGCAGAGAAAAAGCCCGAGGUCGGCGCAGGAUCCAGCUCUUCAUCAUUACCAUGCGCGACACUCUGUCAUUAUCGUCGCACUCACGGCGUCUGUGCUAAGCUCUGAUCGGGUGGAAGCCCUCGCCGCUGGAUGCAAUGACUUUCUCAACAAGCCUGUGAGCCUUCCAUGGCUGCAGCGCAAGAUCCUUGAGUGGGGCAGCAUGCAAUACCUGCUGCAUGCUGGUCUCUCGCCAUGCGGUACGUCGACAACGACGCCCACAUUUGCCGCAGCGAGCGAGUCCGCUUGUCCGUCCAUGGGGGCACUGGAAGCGGCAUUCCACCGCCAGGCCGAUCAGAUGGCCGACCAAGUAGCGCGGCACCUGCAUUUGCCGACCAUCCCAUCGCCGUCUGGGUCGCCACUCCCUUCACCGUCGCCGCCUGCAACUGCUCCGCAUGCCUGA